UGUCACACUGAGUUUCUCUUCGGGACCUGCAAGACAGUGUACUCACACUUUUCUGCAGAGCUGUGACCAGAGUUUGGAGAAGCCAUGAACCCCACCAUCACGGCUCUGCUCUGUAUGGGGCUUAAUAUGAACCUCAGGACCCGCGUUCAGGCAGGGACCUUCCCCAUACCCAGUCUCUGGGCUGAGCCAGGAUCUGUGAUACCGCGGGGGGAAACUGUGACCCUCUGGUGUGAGUGGACUCUGGGGUCCCAGCCAUGCCUUCUGGUUAAGGAGAAAAGCCGAGUACCUUGGAAGAUACAGAUGCCAGAAAAUUCUAUGAACAUUUCCAACUUCUCCAUACCAUCCAUGACAGAGUACCAUGCAGGGCGCUAUCACUGUUCUUGUCGGAGCUAUGCUGGCUGGUCAGAGCACAGUGGUGCCCUUGAGCUGGUGGUAACAGGUUUCUAUAGUAAACCCAACAUCUCAGCCCUGCCCAGCCCUGUGUUGAUCUCAGGAAGGAAUAGCACACUCUUGUGUGAAUCCUGGCAAAGAUAUGACAGGUUCAUUCUGACUAAGGAAGGACGAGAUAAGCUCUCUUGGACCUUGAACUCAGAGAAAGGCCCUCGUGGGGAGGUCCGGGCCACAUUCCCUGUAAGCUCUGUGAAUUUGAACCACAGUUGGACUUUCAGAUGCUAUGGUCAUUAUCGGAGCCAACCUCAGGUGUGGUCAGAGCCCAGUGAUGCCCUGGAGCUUCUAAUCUCAGCCCCACAUACCCAGGACUACACUGUGGGAAAUCUCGUCCGAAUGGGCCUGGCUUGCCUGGUCCUUGUGGUCCUCGGGAUCCUGCUAUUUGAGGCUCAGCACAGCCAGAGGAGGACACGAGAUGCUGCCAGGAAGUAAAGACAGCAGACAGCAAGCAAUAACUGCUUGGAGUGGUGGAGUCCUGGAUUCAAACCCAGUGGUCUCAAGAAGGCUUCAGCAGAAAAGAUGCUGAAUAUCUGGACUUCUAUGUAGUAAUUAUCCAGUAUGUCGUCGUGUUCCAAGCAUGGGGACAUGGCAGGUGUCACGCAGAGAUCUGUCCAUCAGGGAAGUUCAGUGCUCCCCUCCAUCUCACUGAAGGCUCUUCUGGAGGUCCCAGCUCACUUCCCAGCUCCAUAGUUGAGGCUGCACCUCUUCUACCAGGUUCGGGUCUCACUUAGCACCCUUCGUGCCCAGCUCCACUUUCAGGUGACAUUUUCCUUAACUAUAAUUACAAUAUUCCCCAGUGUGUAUGAAUGAGAUUCCAUCCUUUUGGCUAAUGACCUACAGUUGGUUCAGAUAAUACAAAAAUAUGCAAAAAUAAGAUUCCAGAGCCAG